AUGUCAGCAAAGUUAAGGCAACGUAAUCUGACGUCACCGUUGCGUGUUGUUGUCAGGAAUGCUACUGCUUCUACCAAUACGUAUGCUGCAACAAAAAUAGCUGGUGCUUCUACCACUGCUGCUACAACAGUGGCUGAUGGUAUUACUACUAAAACUAAUGCUACGACAGUCAUGAAAGGAUUAUUCAGGAGAUUUCGAAGAGACCUUACUGGCCCCACCAAUGAUGCUACAAUCACAAAUGCCACGGGAGUCAUGAAAAAAUUACCAAUGAGAGGAUUUCGCAGGCUGUUGGAACUUACUACAACCACAGUGACUGAUGCUACUACCACUGAUGCUACAACAACAGUGACUGAUGCUACAACAACAGUAACUGAUGCUACAACAACAGUAACUGAUGCUACAACAACAUUAACUGAUGCUACAAGCACAGUGACUACCGCAGGGACUGAUGCUUCUACCACUGAUGUUCCUACCACAAUGGCUGAUGCUACUACCACUGAUGAUACAACAACAGUGACUGAUGCUACUACCACUGAUGUUACUACCACAGUGACUGAUGCUACUACCACUGAUGUUACUACCACAGUGACUGAUGCUACUACCACUGAAGCUACUACCACAGUGACUGAUGCUACUACCACUGAUGAUACAACAACAGUGACUGAUGCUACUACCACUGAUGCUACUAUCACAGUGACUGAUGCUACUACCACUGAAGCUACUACCACAGUGACUGAUGCUACUACCACUGAUGAUACAACAACAGUGACUGAUGCUACUACCACUGAUGCUACUACCACAGUGACUGAUGCUACUACCAAUGAUGCUACUACCACAGUGACUGAUGCUACUACCACUGAUGCUACAACAACAGUGACAGAUGCUACUACCACUGAAACUACUACCACAGUGACUGAUGCUAUUACCACUGAUGUUACUACCGCAGUGACUGGUGCUACUACCACUGAUGUUACCACCACAGUGACUGAUGCUACUACCACUGAAGCUACUACCAAAGUGACUGAUGCUACAACCACUGAUGCUACUAUCACAGUGACUGAUGCUACUACAACUGAUGCUACUGCCACAGUGACUGAUGCUACAACCACUGAUGCUACUACCACAGUGACUGAUGCUACAACCACUGAUGCUACUACCACGGUGACUGAUGCUACAACCACUGAUGCUACUACCACAGUGACUGAUGCUACAACCAGUGAUGUUACCACCAAAGUGGCUGAUGCUACUACCACUGAUAUUACCACCACAGUGACUGAUGCUACUACCACUGAAGCUACUACCACAGUGACUGAUGCUACAACCACUGAUGCUACUACCACGGUGACUGAUGCUACAACCACUGAUGCUACUACCACAGUGACUGAUGCUACAACCAGUGAUGUUACCACCAAAGUGGCUGAUGCUACUACCACUGAUGUUACCACCACAGUGACUGAUGCUAUUACCACUGAUGCUACUACCACAGUGACUGAUCCUACGACAACUGAUGCUACUACCACAGUGACUGAUGCUACUACCACUGAUGCUACUACCACAGUGACUGAUGCUACAACCACUGAUUCUGCUACCACAGUGACUGAUGCUACAACCACUGAUGCUACUUCCACAGUGACUGAUGCUACUACCACUGAUGCUACUACCACAGUGACUGAUGCUGCUACCACUGAUGCUACAACAGCAGCAACUGACGCUACUACCACUGAGGCUACUACAACAAUGACUGGUGCUACUACCACUGAUGCUACAACAACAGUAACUGAUGCUACAACAACAUUAACUGAUGCUACAAGCACAGUGACUACCGCAGGGACUGAUGCUUCUACCACUGAUGUUCCUACCACAAUGGCUGAUGCUACUACCACUGAUGAUACAACAACAGUGACUGAUGCUACAACAACAUUAACUGAUGCUACAAGCACAGUGACUACCGCAGGGACUGAUGCUUCUACCACUGAUGCUACUACCACAGUGACUGAUGCUACAAUCACUGAUUCUGCUACCACAGUGACUGAUGCUACAACCACUGAUGCUACUUCCACAGUGACUGAUGCUACUACCACUGAUGCUACUACCACAGUGACUGAUGCUGCUACCACUGAUGCUACAACAGCAGUAACUGACGCUACUACCACUGAGGCUACUACCACAAUGACUGGUGCUACUACCACAGAUGCUACAACAACAUUAACUGAUGCUACAAGCACAGUGACUACCGCAGGGACUGAUGCUUCUACCACUGAUGUUCCUACCACAAUGGCUGAUGCUACUACCACUGAUGACACAACAACAGUGACUGAUGCUACAACAACAUUAACUGAUGCUACAAGCACAGUGACUACCGAAGGGACUGAUGCUUCUACCACUGAUGUUCCUACCACAAUGGCUGAUGCUACUACCACUGAUGAUACAACAACAGUGACUGAUGCUACUACCACUGAAGCUACUACCAAAGUGACUGAUGCUACUACCACUGAAGCUACUACCACACUGACUGAUGCUACUACCACUGAUGUUACUACCACAGUGACUGAUGCUACUACCACUGAUGUUACCACCACAGUGACUGAUGCUACUACCACUGAUGUUACUACCACAGUGACUGAUGCUAUUACCACUGAUGCUACUACCAGAGUGACUGAUCCUACGACAACUGAUGCUACUACUAAAGUGACUGAUGCUACUACCACUGAUGCUACUACCAAAGUGACUGAUGCUACUACCACUGAUGUUACCACCACAGUGACUGAUGCUACUACCACUGAAGCUACUACCAAAGUGACUGAUGCUACAACCACUGAUGCUACUAUCACAGUGACUGAUGCUACUACAACUGAUGCUACUGCCACAGUGACUGAUGCUAGAACCACUGAUGCUACUACCACAGUGACUGAUGCUACAACCACUGAUGCUACUACCACACUGACUGAUGCUACAACCACUGAUGCUACUACAACAGUGACGGAUGCUACUACCAGUGAUGUUACCACCAAAGUGGCUGAUGCUACUACCACUGAUGUUACCACCACAGUGACAGGUGCUUCUACCACUGAAGCUACUACCACAGUGACAGGUGCUACUACCACUGAUGCUACUACCACACUGACUUUUGCUACUACCACUGAAGCUACUACCAAAGUGACUGAUGCUACGACAACUGAUGCUACUACCACAGUGGCUGAUCCUACGACAACUGAUGUUCCUACCACAAUGGCUGAUGCUACUACCACUGAAGCUACUACCAAAGUGACUGAUGCUACUACCAAUGAUGCUACUACCAAUGAUGCUACUACCAAAGUGACUGAUGCUACUACCACUGAUGUUACCACCACAGUGACUGAUACUACUACCACUGAAGCUACUACCAAAGUGCCUGAUUCUACAACCACUGAUGCUACUAUCACAGUGACUGAUGCUACUACAACUGAUGCUACUGCCACAGUGACUGAUGCUACAACCACUGAUGCUACUACCACAGUGACUGAUGCUACAACCACUGAUGCUACUACCACACUGACUGAUGCUACAACCACUGAUGCUACUACCACAGUGACUGAUGCUACAACCACUGAUGCUACUACCACAGUGACGGAUGCUACUACCAGUGAUGUUACCACCAAAGUGGCUGAUGCUACUACCACUGAUGUUACCACCACAGUGACUGAUGCUACUACCACAGUGACUGAUGCUACUACCACAGUGACUGAUGCUACUACCACUGAUGCUACUACCACAGUGACAGAUGCUACAACCACUGAUGCUACUACCCAAGUGACUGAUGCUACUACCACUGAUGCUACUACCACAGUGACUGAUGCUACAACCACUGAUGCUACUUUCACAGUGACUGAUGCUACUACCACUGAUGCUACUACCACAGUGACUGAUGCUACAACCACUGAUGCUACUACCCAAGUGACUGAUGCUACUACCACUGAUGCUACUACCACAGUGACUAAUGCUACAACCACUGAUGCUACUUCCACAGUGACUGAUGCUACUACAACUGAUGCUACAACAACAGUGACUGAUGCUACUACCACUGAAGCUACUACCACAGUGGCUGAUACUACUACCACUGAUGCUACAACAACAGUGACUGAUGCUACUACAACUAAAGCUACUACCACACUGACUGAUGCUACUACCACUGAAGCUACUACCACAGUGACUGAUGCUGCUACCACUGAUGUUACCACUACAGUGACUGAUGCUACUACAACUAAAGCUACUACCAAAGUGACUGAUGCUACUACCACUGAAGCUACUACCAAAGUGACUGAUGCUACAACCACUGAUGCUACUAUCACAGUGACUGAUGCUACUAGCACUGAUGUUACUACCACAGUGACUGGUGCUACUACCACUGAUGUUACCACUACAGUGACUGAUGCUACUACAACUAAAGCUACUACCAAAGUGACUGAUGCAACUACCACUGAUGCUACUACCAAAGUGACUGAUGCUACUACCACUGAUGUUACCACCACAGUGACUGAUGCUACUACCACUGAAGCUACUACCAAAGUGACUGAUGCUACAACCACUGAUGCUACUAUCACAGUGACUGAUGCUACUACAACUGAUCCUACUGCCACAGUGACUGAUGCUACAACCACUGAUGCUACUACCACAGUGACUGAUGUUUCAACCACUGAUGCUCUUACCACAGUGACUGAUGCUACUACCACAGCGACUGAUGCUACAACCAGUGAUGUUACCACCAAAGUGGCUGAUGCUACUACCACUGAUGUUAUCACCACAGUGACUGAUGCUACUACCACUGAAUCUACUACCAAAGUGACUGAUGCUACAACCACUGAUGCUACUACCACAGUGACUGAUCCUACGACAACUGAUGCUACUACCACAGUGACUGAUGCUACUACCACUGAUGCUACUACCACAGUGACUGAUGCUACAACCACUGAUGCUACUACCACAGUGACUGAUGCUACAACCACUGAUGCUACUUCCACAGUGACUGAUGUUACUACCACUGAUGCUACUACCACAGUGACUGAUGCUACUACCACUGAAGCUACUACCACAGUGACUGAUGCUACUACCACUGAUGCUACAACAACAGUGACAGAUGCUACUACCACUGAAGCUACUACCACGGUGACUGAUGCUAUUACCACUGAUGUUACUACCACAGUGACUUGUGCUACUACCACUGAUGUUACCGCCACAGUGACUGAUGCUACUACCACUGAAGCUACUAUCAAAGUGACUGAUGCUACUACCACUAAUGCUACUACCAAAGUGACCGAUGCUACAACCACUGAAGCUACUACCACAGUGACUGAUGCUACUACCACUGAAGCUACUACCACAGUGACUGAGGCUAUUACCACUGAUGUUACUACCACAGUGACUGAUGCUACUACCACUGAUGUUACCACCACAGUGACUGAUGCUACUACCACUGAAGUAACUACCAAAGUGACUGAUGCUACAACCACUGAUGCUACUAUCACAGUGCCUGAUGCUUCUACAACUGAUGCUACUGCCACAGUGACUGAUGCUACAACCACUGAUGCUACUACCACAGUGACUGAUGCUACAGCCACUGAUGCUACUACCACACUGACUGAUGCUACAACCACUGAUGCUACUACCACAGUGACUGAUGCUACAACCACUGAUGCUACUACCACAGUGACGGAUGCUACUACCAAUGAUGUUACCACCAAAGUGGCUGACGCUACUACCACUGAUGUUACCACCACAGUGACUGGUGCUACUACCACUGAAGCUAUUACCAGAGUGACUGAUGCUACAACCAGUGAUGUUACUACCACAGUGACUGAUGCUACUACCACUGAUGCUACUACCACAGUGACUGAUGCUACGACAACUAAUGCUUCUUCCACAGUGACUGAUGCUACUACCACUGAUGCUACUACCACAGUGACUGAUGCUACAACCACUGAUGCUACUACCAAAGUGACUGAUGCUACAACCACUGAUGCUACUUCCACAGUGACUGAUGCUACAACCACUGAUGCUACUUCCACAGUGACUGAGGCUUCUACCACUGAUGCUACUACCACAGUGACUGAUGCUACAACCACUGAUGCUACUACCACAGUGACUGAUGCUACAACUACUGAUGCUACUACCACACUGACUGAUGCUACUACCACUGAUGCUACUACCACAGUGACUGAUGCUGCUAACACUGAUGCUACUACCACAGUGACUGUUGCUACUACCACUGAUGUUACUACCCUAGUGACUGAUGCUACUACCACUGAUUUUACUACCACAGUGACUGAUGCUACAACCACUGAUGCUACUACCACAGUGACUGAUGCUUCUACCACUGAUGCUACUACCACAGUGACUGGUGUUACUACCACAGUGACAGAUGCUACUACCACUAAUGCUACUACCACAGUGACUGUUGCUACUACCACUGAUUUUACUACCACAGUGACUGAUGCUACAACCACUGAUGCUACUACCACAGUGACUGAUGCUACUACCACUGAUGUUACUUCCAUAGUGACUGAUGCUACAACCACUGAUGCUACUACCACAGUGACUGAUGCUACUACCACUGAUGUUACUUCCACAGUGACUGAUGCUACAACCGCUGAUGCUACAACAACAGUGACUGAUGCUACUACCACUGAUGUUACUACCACAGUGACUGAUGCUAUUACCACUGAUGUUACUACCACUGUGACUGAUGCUAUAACCACUGAUGCUACUACCACAGUGACUGAUGCUACAACCACUAAUGCAACCACCACAGUGACUGAUGCUACUAACACAGUGACUGAUGCUACUACAACUGAUAUUAGUACCACAGUGACUGAUGCUUCUACCACUGAUGCUACAACCACAGUGACUGAUGCUACUACAACUGAUGCUACAACCACAAUGACUGAUACUACUACCAAUGAUGCCACUACCACAGUGACUGAUGCUACUACCACUGAUAUUACUACCACAAUGACUGAUGCUUCUAUCACUGAUGCUACUACCACAGUGACUGAUGCUACAACCACUGAUGCUACUACCACAGUGACUGAUGCUUCUACCACUGAUGCUACUAACACAGUGACUGAUGCUACUACCACUGAUGCUACUACCACAGUGACUGAUGCUAUAACCACUGAUGCUACAACAACAGUGACUGAUGCUACUACCACUGAUGUAACUACCACAGUGACUGAUGCUGCUACCACUGAUGCUACUUCCACAGUGACUGUUUCUACAACCACUGAUGGUACUACCACAGUGACUGAUGAUACUACCACUGGUCUUACUAUCACAGUGACUGAUGCUACUACCACUGAAGCUACUACCACAGUGACUGAUGCUACAACCACUGAUGGUACUACCACAGUGACUGAUGAUACUACCACUGAUGUUACUACCACAGUGACUGAUGCUUCUAUCACUGAAGCUACUACCGCAGUGACUGAUACUACAACCACUGAUGCUACUACCACAGUGACUGAUGAUACUACCACUGAUGCUACUACCACAGUUACUGAUGCUACUACCACUGAAGCUACUACCACAGUGACUGAUGCUACUACCACUGAAGCUACAACCACAGUGACUGAUGCUAAAACCACUGAUGCUACUACCACAGUGACUGAUGAUACUACCACUGAUGUAACUACCACAGUGACUGAUGCUACUACCACAGUCACUGUUGCUACUACCACAGUGACUGAUGCUACAACCACUGAUGCUACUACCACAGUGACUGAUGCUACUACCACUGAAGCUACUACCACAGUGACUGAUGCUACUACCACUGAAGCUACAACCACAGUGACUGAUGCUAAAACCACUGAUGCUACUACCACAGUGACUGAUGAUACUACCACUGAUGUAACUACCACAGUGACUGAUGCUACUACCACAGUCACUGUUGCUACUACCACAGUGACUGAUGCUACAACCACUGAUGCUACUACCACAGUGACUGAUGCUACAACCACUGAUGCUACUACCACAGUGACUGAUGCUACUACCACUGAUGCUACUACCACAGUCACUGUUGCUACUACCACUGAUGUUACUACCACAGUGACUGAUGCUACUACCGAUGAUGCUACUACCACAGUCACUGUUGCUCCUACCACUGAUGUUACUACAACAGUGACUGAUGCUUUUACCACAGAUGUUACUACCACAGUGGCUGAUGCUACAACCAGCGAUGCUACUACAACAGUGACUGUUGCUACUACCACUGAUGCUACUACCACAGUGACUGAUGCUACAACCACUGAUGCUACAACAACAGUGACUGAUGCUACAAUCACUGAUAUAACUACCACAGUGGCUGAUGUUACUACUACAGAUGCUACUGAUACUAUCACUGAUGCUACUACCACUGAUGCUACAACAGUGACUGAUGCUACAACCACUGAUGAAACAACAGUGAGUGAUGCUAUUACCACUGAUGCUACAACACUGACCGAUGCUACUACCACUGAUGUUACUACCACAGUGUCUGAUGCUACUUCCACUGAUGUAACUACCACAGUAACUGAUGCUACUACCACUGAUACUACUACAACAACAGUGACUGAUGCUACAACUGCCACUGAUGUUACAACAACACUCAUUGAUGCUUCGACAACAGAGACUGAGGCUACUAUCACUGAUGCUACAACAACAGUGACUGAUGCUACAACAACAGUGACAGAUGCUACUACAACUGAUGUAACAACAACAAUUGCUGAUGCUACAACCACAGUGGCUGAAGCUACUACCACUGAUGUUUCAACCACUGAUGCUACAACCACAGUGGCAGGAGCAUCUACCACCACUGAAGCUACUACCACAGAGACUGAUAUUACUACCACAGUGACUGAUGCUACUUCCACUGAUGCUACUACCACAGAGACUGAUAUUACUACCACAGUGACUGAUGCUACUACCACUGAUGCUACAACAGUGACUGAUGCUAUUACCACUGAUGCAACAACAGUUACUGAUGCUACUACCACUGAUGUUACUACCACAAUGACUGAUGCUACUACCACUGAUGUUACUACCACAGUGACUGAUGCUACUACCACUGAUGCUACAACCACAGUGACUGAUGCUAUUACCUAUGAUGUUACUACCACAGUGACUGAUGCUACAACCACUGAUGCUACAACCACUGAUGCUACUACCACAGUGACUGGGGCUACCACCACUGAUGCUACUACCACAGUAACUGAUGCAACAACCACUGAUGCUACAACAGUGACUGAUGCUUCAACCACUGAUGCUACAACAGUGACUGAUGCUACAACCACUGAAGCUACAACAGUGAGUGAUGCUACUACCACUGAUGCUACAACAACAGUGCCUGAUGCUUCUACCACUGAUGUUACUACCACAGUGACUGAUGGUACUGCCACUGAUGCUACAACCACAGUGACUGAUGCUACUACAUCUGAUGUUACUACCACAGUGACUGAUGCUACAACCACUGAUGCUACUACCACAGUGCCUGAUGCUACCACCACUGAUGCUACAACAACAGUGACUGAUGCUACUACCACUGAAGCUACUACCACAGUGACUGAUGCUACAACCACUGAUGCUACUACCACAGUGACUGAUCCUACGACAACUGAUGCUACUACCACAGUGACUGAUGCUACUACCACUGAUGUUACUACCUCAGUGACGGAUGCUACUACCACUGAUGCUACAACCACAGUGACUGAUGCUACUACCACUGAUGCUACUUCCACAGUUACUGAUGCUAUUACCACUGAUGUUACUACCACAGUGACUGAUGCUAUUACCACUGAUGCUACUACCACUGAUGUAACAACAAAAAUUGCUGAUGCUACAACCACAGUGGCUGAUGCUACUACCACUGAUGUUACAACCACUGAAGCUACUACCACAGUGACUGAUGCUACUUCCACUGAUGCCACUACCACAGAGACUGAUGUUACUACCACAGUGACUGAUGCUACUAUCACUGAUGCUACAACAGUGCCUGAUACUAUUACCACUGAUGCUACAACAGUUACUGAUGCUACUACCACUGAUGUUACUACCACAGUGACUGAUGCUUAUACCACUGAUAUUACUACCACAGUGACUGAUGCUACUACCAGCGAUGCUACUACCACAGUGACUGAUACUACUACCACUGAUGCUACAACAACAGUGACUGGUGCUACUACCACUGAUGUAACUACCACAGAGACUGAUGCUACUACUACUGAUGCUACAACCACAGUGACCGAUGCUACUACCAGCGAUGCUACUACCACAGUGACUGAUGCUACUACCACUGAUGCUACAACAACAGUGACUGAUGCUACUACCACUGAUGUUACUACCUCAGUGACGGAUGCUACUACCACUGAUGCUACUAACACUGAUCCUACUACCACAGUGACUGAUGCUAUUACCACUGCUGUUACUACCACAGUGACUGAUGCUAUUACCACUGAUGCUACUACCACAGUGACUGAAACUGCAACUACAGUAACUGAAGCUACGACCACAGUGACAGAUGAUACAACCACACUGAUUGAGUCUACUUCCACUGAUGUUACAACCACAGUGGCUGAUGUUACUACUACAGCUGCUACUGAUACUAUCACUGAUGCUACUACCACUGAUGCUACAACAGUGACUGAUGCUACAACCACUGAUGCUACAACAGUGAGUGAUGCUACUACCACUGAUGCUACAACAACAGUGACAGAUGCUACUACAACUGAUGUAACAACAACAGUUGCUGAUGCUACAACCACAGUGGCUGAUGCUACUACCACUGAUGUUACAACCACUGAUGCUACAACCACAGUGGCAGGAGCAUCUACCACCACUGAAGCUACUACCACAGUGACUGAUGCUACUUCCACUGAUGCUACUACCACAGAGACUGAUGUUACUACCACUGAUGCUUCAAUCACUGUGACUGAUGCUAUUACCUCUGAUGGUACUACCACAGUGACUGAUGCUACAACCACUGAUGCUACUACCACAGUGACUGAGGCUACCACCACUGAUGCUACUACCACAGUAACUGAUGCAACAACCACUGAUGCUACAACAGUGACUGAUGCUACAACCACUGAUGCUACAACAGUGAGUGAUGCUACAACCACUGAUGCUACUACCACAGUGACUGAUGCUACAACCAGUGAUGUUACCACCAGAGUGGCUGAUGCUACUACCACUGAUGUUACCACCACAGUGACUGAUGGUACUAGCACUGAUGCUACAAGAACAGUGCCUGAUGCUACUUCCACUGAUGCUACAAAGGCAGUGAGUGAUGCUUCUACCACUGAUGCUACAACAACAUUGACUGAUGCUACUACCACUGAUGUUACUACCACAGUGACUGAUGCAACUGCCACUGAUGCUACAAUAACAGUAACUGAUGCUACUACCACUGAUGCUACAACAACAGUGACUGAUGCUACUACCACUGAUGCUACUACCACAGUGCCUAAUGCUACCACCACUGAUGCUACAGCAACAGUGACUGAUGCUACAACAACAGUAACUGAUGCUACAACAACAGUAACUGAUGCUACAACAACAUUAACUGAUGCUACAACAACACUAACUGAUGCUACAACAUCAUUAACUGAUGGUACAAGCACAGUGACUACCGCAGGGACUGAUGCUUCUACCACUGAUGUUCCUACCACAAUGGCUGAUGCUACUACCACUGAUGAUACAACAACAGUGACUGAUGCUACUACCACUGAAGCUACUACCAAAGUGACUGAUGCUACUACCACUGAAGCUACUACCACACUGACUGAUGCUACUACCACUGAUGUUACUACCACAGUGACUGAUGCUACUACCACAGUCACUGUUGCUACUACAACAGUGACUGAUGCUUUUACCACAGAUGUUACUACCACAGUGGCUGAUGCUACAACCAGCGAUGCUACUACAACAGUGACUGUUGCUACUACCACUGAUGCUACUACCACAGUGACUGAUGCUACAACCACUGAUGCUACAACAACAGUGACUGAUGCUACAAUCACUGAUAUAACUACCACAGUGGCUGAUGUUACUACUACAGAUGCUACUGAUACUAUCACUGAUGCUACUACCACUGAUGCUACAACAGUGACUGAUGCUACAACCACUGAUGAAACAACAGUGAGUGAUGCUAUUACCACUGAUGCUACAACACUGACCGAUGCUACUACCACUGAUGUUACUACCACAGUGUCUGAUGCUACUUCCACUGAUGUAACUACCACAGUAACUGAUGCUACUACCACUGAUACUACUACAACAACAGUGACUGAUGCUACAACUGCCACUGAUGUUACAACAACACUCAUUGAUGCUUCGACAACAGAGACUGAGGCUACUAUCACUGAUGCUACAACAACAGUGACUGAUGCUACAACAACAGUGACAGAUGCUACUACAACUGAUGUAACAACAACAAUUGCUGAUGCUACAACCACAGUGGCUGAAGCUACUACCACUGAUGUUUCAACCACUGAUGCUACAACCACAGUGGCAGGAGCAUCUACCACCACUGAAGCUACUACCACAGAGACUGAUAUUACUACCACAGUGACUGAUGCUACUUCCACUGAUGCUACUACCACAGAGACUGAUAUUACUACCACAGUGACUGAUGCUACUACCACUGAUGCUACAACAGUGACUGAUGCUAUUACCACUGAUGCAACAACAGUUACUGAUGCUACUACCACUGAUGUUACUACCACAAUGACUGAUGCUACUACCACUGAUGUUACUACCACAGUGACUGAUGCUACUACCACUGAUGCUACAACCACAGUGACUGAUGCUAUUACCUAUGAUGUUACUACCACAGUGACUGAUGCUACAACCACUGAUGCUACAACCACUGAUGCUACUACCACAGUGACUGGGGCUACCACCACUGAUGCUACUACCACAGUAACUGAUGCAACAACCACUGAUGCUACAACAGUGACUGAUGCUUCAACCACUGAUGCUACAACAGUGACUGAUGCUACAACCACUGAAGCUACAACAGUGAGUGAUGCUACUACCACUGAUGCUACAACAACAGUGCCUGAUGCUUCUACCACUGAUGUUACUACCACAGUGACUGAUGGUACUGCCACUGAUGCUACAACCACAGUGACUGAUGCUACUACAUCUGAUGUUACUACCACAGUGACUGAUGCUACAACCACUGAUGCUACUACCACAGUGCCUGAUGCUACCACCACUGAUGCUACAACAACAGUGACUGAUGCUACUACCACUGAAGCUACUACCACAGUGACUGAUGCUACAACCACUGAUGCUACUACCACAGUGACUGAUCCUACGACAACUGAUGCUACUACCACAGUGACUGAUGCUACUACCACUGAUGUUACUACCUCAGUGACGGAUGCUACUACCACUGAUGCUACAACCACAGUGACUGAUGCUACUACCACUGAUGCUACUUCCACAGUUACUGAUGCUAUUACCACUGAUGUUACUACCACAGUGACUGAUGCUAUUACCACUGAUGCUACUACCACUGAUGUAACAACAAAAAUUGCUGAUGCUACAACCACAGUGGCUGAUGCUACUACCACUGAUGUUACAACCACUGAAGCUACUACCACAGUGACUGAUGCUACUUCCACUGAUGCCACUACCACAGAGACUGAUGUUACUACCACAGUGACUGAUGCUACUAUCACUGAUGCUACAACAGUGCCUGAUACUAUUACCACUGAUGCUACAACAGUUACUGAUGCUACUACCACUGAUGUUACUACCACAGUGACUGAUGCUUAUACCACUGAUAUUACUACCACAGUGACUGAUGCUACUACCAGCGAUGCUACUACCACAGUGACUGAUACUACUACCACUGAUGCUACAACAACAGUGACUGGUGCUACUACCACUGAUGUAACUACCACAGAGACUGAUGCUACUACUACUGAUGCUACAACCACAGUGACCGAUGCUACUACCAGCGAUGCUACUACCACAGUGACUGAUGCUACUACCACUGAUGCUACAACAACAGUGACUGAUGCUACUACCACUGAUGUUACUACCUCAGUGACGGAUGCUACUACCACUGAUGCUACUAACACUGAUCCUACUACCACAGUGACUGAUGCUAUUACCACUGCUGUUACUACCACAGUGACUGAUGCUAUUACCACUGAUGCUACUACCACAGUGACUGAAACUGCAACUACAGUAACUGAAGCUACGACCACAGUGACAGAUGAUACAACCACACUGAUUGAGUCUACUUCCACUGAUGUUACAACCACAGUGGCUGAUGUUACUACUACAGCUGCUACUGAUACUAUCACUGAUGCUACUACCACUGAUGCUACAACAGUGACUGAUGCUACAACCACUGAUGCUACAACAGUGAGUGAUGCUACUACCACUGAUGCUACAACAACAGUGACAGAUGCUACUACAACUGAUGUAACAACAACAGUUGCUGAUGCUACAACCACAGUGGCUGAUGCUACUACCACUGAUGUUACAACCACUGAUGCUACAACCACAGUGGCAGGAGCAUCUACCACCACUGAAGCUACUACCACAGUGACUGAUGCUACUUCCACUGAUGCUACUACCACAGAGACUGAUGUUACUACCACUGAUGCUUCAAUCACUGUGACUGAUGCUAUUACCUCUGAUGGUACUACCACAGUGACUGAUGCUACAACCACUGAUGCUACUACCACAGUGACUGAGGCUACCACCACUGAUGCUACUACCACAGUAACUGAUGCAACAACCACUGAUGCUACAACAGUGACUGAUGCUACAACCACUGAUGCUACAACAGUGAGUGAUGCUACAACCACUGAUGCUACUACCACAGUGACUGAUGCUACAACCAGUGAUGUUACCACCAGAGUGGCUGAUGCUACUACCACUGAUGUUACCACCACAGUGACUGAUGGUACUAGCACUGAUGCUACAAGAACAGUGCCUGAUGCUACUUCCACUGAUGCUACAAAGGCAGUGAGUGAUGCUUCUACCACUGAUGCUACAACAACAUUGACUGAUGCUACUACCACUGAUGUUACUACCACAGUGACUGAUGCAACUGCCACUGAUGCUACAAUAACAGUAACUGAUGCUACUACCACUGAUGCUACAACAACAGUGACUGAUGCUACUACCACUGAUGCUACUACCACAGUGCCUAAUGCUACCACCACUGAUGCUACAGCAACAGUGACUGAUGCUACAACAACAGUAACUGAUGCUACAACAACAGUAACUGAUGCUACAACAACAUUAACUGAUGCUACAACAACACUAACUGAUGCUACAACAUCAUUAACUGAUGGUACAAGCACAGUGACUACCGCAGGGACUGAUGCUUCUACCACUGAUGUUCCUACCACAAUGGCUGAUGCUACUACCACUGAUGAUACAACAACAGUGACUGAUGCUACUACCACUGAAGCUACUACCAAAGUGACUGAUGCUACUACCACUGAAGCUACUACCACACUGACUGAUGCUACUACCACUGAUGUUACUACCACAGUGACUGAUGCUACUACCACAGUGACUGAUGCUACUACCAGCGAUGAUACUACCACAGUGACGGAUGCUACUACCACUGAUGCUACUACCAAAGUGACUGAUGCUACUACCACUGAUGUUACAACCACUGAUGCUACAACCACAGUGGCAGGAGCAUCUACCACCACUGAAGCUACUACCACAGUGACUGAUGCUACUUCCACUGAUGCUACUACCACAGAGACUGAUGUUACUACCACUGAUGCUUCAAUCACAGUGACUGAUGCUAUUACCUCUGAUGGUACUACCACAGUGACUGAUGCUACAACCACUGAUGCUACUACCACAGUGACUGAGGCUACCACCACUGAUGCUACUACCACAGUAACUGAUGCAACAACCACUGAUGCUACAACAGUGACUGAUGCUACAACCACUGAUGCUACAACAGUGAGUGAUGCUACAACCACUGAUGCUACUACCACAGUGACUGAUGCUACAACCAGUGAUGUUACCACCAGAGUGGCUGAUGCUACUACCACUGAUGUUACCACCACAGUGACUGAUGCUACUACCACUGAUGCUACAAGAACAGUGCCUGAUGCUACUUCCACUGAUGCUACAAAGGCAGUGAGUGAUGCUUCUACCACUGAUGCUACAACAACAUUGACUGAUGCUACUACCACUGAUGUUACUACCACAGUGACUGAUGCAACUGCCACUGAUGCUACAAUAACAGUAACUGAUGCUACUACCACUGAUGCUACAACAACAGUGACUGAUGCUACUACCACUGAUGCUACUACCACAGUGCCUAAUGCUACCACCACUGAUGCUACAGCAACAGUGACUGAUGCUACAACAACAGUAACUGAUGCUACAACAACAGUAACUGAUUCUACAACAACAGUAACUGAUGCUACAACAACAUUAACUGAUGCUACAACAACACUAACUGAUGCUACAACAUCAUUAACUGAUGGUACAAGCACAGUGACUACCGCAGGGACUGAUGCUUCUACCACUGAUGUUCCUACCACAAUGGCUGAUGCUACUACCACUGAUGAUACAACAACAGUGACUGAUGCUACUACCACUGAAGCUACUACCAAAGUGACUGAUGCUACUACCACUGAAGCUACUACCACACUGACUGAUGCUACUACCACUGAUGUUACUACCACAGUGACUGAUGCUACUACCACUGAUGCUACUACCACAGUGACUGAUGCUACUACCAGCGAUGAUACUACCACAGUGACGGAUGCUACUACCACUGAUGCUACUACCAAAGUGACUGAUGCUAUAACCACUGAUGUUACUACCACAGUGACUGAUGCUACUACCACUGAUGCUACAAUAACAGUGACUGAUGCUAGUACCACUGAUUUUACUACCACAGUCACUGAUGCUACUAACACUGAAGCUACUACCACAGUGACUGAUGAUACAACUACUGAUGCUACUACCACAGUGACUUUUGCUACUACCACAGAUGUUACUACCACAGUGGCUGAUGCUACAACCAGCGAUGCUACUACCACAGUGACUGAUGCUACUACCAGCGAUGCUACUACCACAGUUACUGAUGCUACUACCACUGAUGCUACAACAACAGUGACUGAUGCUACUACCACUGAUGCAACUACCACAGAGACUGAUGCUACUACCACUGAUGCUACUACCACAGUGACUGAUGCUACUACCACAGUGACUGAUGCUUUUACCACUGAUGCUACAACAACAGUGACUGAAACUGCAACUACAGUAACUGAAGCUACGACCACAGUGACAGAUGAUACAACCACACUGAUUGAGUCUACUUCCACUGAUGUUACAACCACAGUGGCUGAUGUUACUACUACAGAUGCUACUGAUACUAUCACUGAUGCUACUACCACUGAUGCUACAACAAUGACUGAUGCUACAGCCACUGAUGCUACAACAGUGAGUGAUGCUAUUACCACUGAUGCUACAACAGUGACCGAUGCUACUACCACUGAUGUUACUACCACAGUUUCUGAUGCUACUACCACUGAUGAUGCAAAAACAGUGACUGAUGCUACUUCCACUGAUGCUACAAAGGCAGUGAGUGAUGCUUCUACCACUGAUGCUACAACAACAUUGACUGAUGCUACUACCACUGAUGUUACUACCACAGUGACUGAUGCAACUGCCACUGAUGCUACAAUAACAGUAACUGAUGCUACUACCACUGAUGCUACAACAACAGUGACUGAUGCUACUACCACUGAUGCUACUACCACAGUGCCUAAUGCUACCACCACUGAUGCUACAGCAACAGUGACUGAUGCUACAACAACAGUAACUGAUGCUACAACAACAGUAACUGAUUCUACAACAACAGUAACUGAUGCUACAACAACAUUAACUGAUGCUACAACAACACUAACUGAUGCUACAACAUCAUUAACUGAUGGUACAAGCACAGUGACUACCGCAGGGACUGAUGCUUCUACCACUGAUGUUCCUACCACAAUGGCUGAUGCUACUACCACUGAUGAUACAACAACAGUGACUGAUGCUACUACCACUGAAGCUACUACCAAAGUGACUGAUGCUACUACCACUGAAGCUACUACCACACUGACUGAUGCUACUACCACUGAUGUUACUACCACAGUGACUGAUGCUACUACCACUGAUGCUACUACCACAGUGACUGAUGCUACUACCAGCGAUGAUACUACCACAGUGACGGAUGCUACUACCACUGAUGCUACUACCAAAGUGACUGAUGCUAUAACCACUGAUGUUACUACCACAGUGACUGAUGCUACUACCACUGAUGCUACAAUAACAGUGACUGAUGCUAGUACCACUGAUUUUACUACCACAGUCACUGAUGCUACUAACACUGAAGCUACUACCACAGUGACUGAUGAUACAACUACUGAUGCUACUACCACAGUGACUUUUGCUACUACCACAGAUGUUACUACCACAGUGGCUGAUGCUACAACCAGCGAUGCUACUACCACAGUGACUGAUGCUACUACCAGCGAUGCUACUACCACAGUUACUGAUGCUACUACCACUGAUGCUACAACAGCAGUGACUGAUGCUACUACCACUGAUGCAACUACCACAGAGACUGAUGCUACUACCACUGAUGCUACUACCACAGUGACUGGUGCUACUACCACAGUGACUGAUGCUUUUACCACUGAUGCUACAACAACAGUGACUGAAACUGCAACUACAGUAACUGAAGCUACGACCACAGUGACAGAUGAUACAACCACACUGAUUGAGUCUACUUCCACUGAUGUUACAACCACAGUGGCUGAUGUUACUACUACAGAUGCUACUGAUACUAUCACUGAUGCUACUACCACUGAUGCUACAACAAUGACUGAUGCUACAGCCACUGAUGCUACAACAGUGAGUGAUGCUAUUACCACUGAUGCUACAACAGUGACCGAUGCUACUACCACUGAUGUUACUACCACAGUUUCUGAUGCUACUACCACUGAUGAUGCAAAAACAGUGACUGAUACUACUUCCACUGAUGCUACUACCACAGUGACUGAUGCUACAACCACUGAUGCUACUACCACAGUGACUGAUGAUACUACCACUGAUGCUACUACCACAGUGACUGAUGCUACUACCACUGAAGAUACUACCACAGUGACUGAUGCUACUACCACUGAUGCUACAACCACAUUGACUGAUGCUACAACCACUGAUGCUACUACCACAGUGACUGAUGAUACUACCACUGAUUCUACUACCACAGUCACUGUUGCUACUACCACUGAAGCUACUACCACAGUGACUGAUGCUACAACCACUGAUGCUACUACCACAGUGACUGAUGAUACUACCACUGAUGCUACUACCACAGUCACUGUUGCUACUACCACUGAUGUUACUACCACCGUGACUGAUGCUACUACCGAUGAUGCUACUACCACAGUGACUCCUGCUACUACCACUGAUGAAACUACCACAUUGACUGAUGCUACUACCACAGAUGUUUCUACAACAUUGGCUGAUGCUACAACCAGCGAUGCUACUACCACAGUGACUGUUGCUACUACCACUGAUGCUACUACCACAGUGACUGAUGCUACAACCACUGAUGCUACAACAACAGUGACUGAUGCUACUACCACUGAUGUAACUACCACAGUGACUGACGCUUCUUCCACAGGUGUAACUACCACAGUGACUGAUGUUACUACCACUGAUGUUUCUACAACAGUGACUGAUGCUUCUACCACUGAUGUUACUACCACAGUGACUGAUGCUACUACCACUAAAGCUACUACCACAGUGAAUGAUGCUACAACCACUGAUGCUACUACCACAGUGACUGAUGAUACUACCACUGAUGCUACUACCACAGUGACUGUUGCUACUACCACUAAUGUUACUUCCACAGUGACUGAUGCUACUACCACAGAUGUCACUACCACAGUGGCUGAUGCUACAACCAGCGAUUCUACUAACACAGUGACUGAUGCUACUACCACAAUGACUGAUGCUACUACCAGCGAUAUUACUACCACAGUGACUGAUGCUACUACCAUUGAUGCUUCAACAACAGUGACGGAUGCUACUACCACUGAUGCUACUACCAAAGUGACUGAUGCUAUUACCACUGAUGUAACUACCACUGAUGUAACUACCACAGUGACUGAUGCUACUACCACUGAUGCUACAAUAACAGUGACUGAUGCUAGUACUACUGAUUUUACUACCACAGUCACUGAUGCUACUAACACUGAAGCUACUACCACAGUGACAGAUGAAACAACCACUGAUGCUACUACCACAGUGACUUUUGCUACUACCACAGAUGUUACUACCACAGUGGCUGAUGCUACAACCAGCGAUGCUACUACCACAGUGACUGAUGCUACUACCACUGAUGCUUCAACAACAGUGACUGAUGCUACUACCACUGAUGUUACUUCCUCAGUGACGGAUGCUACUACCACUGAUGCUACUACAAAAGUGACUGAUGCUAUUACCACUGAUGUUACUACCAAAGUGACUGAUGCUACUACCACUGAUGCUACAAUACCAGUGACUGAUGCUAGUACCACUGAUUUUACUACCACAGUGACUGAUGCUACAACCACUGAUGCUACUACCACAGUGACUGAGGCUACCACCACUGAUGCUACUACCACAGUAACUGAUGCAACAACCACUGAUGCUACAACAGUGACUGAUACUACAACCACUGAUGCUACAACAGUGAGUGAUGCUACUACCACUGAUGCUACAACAACAGUGACUGAUGCUACUACCACUGAUGUUACUACCACAGUGACUGAGGCUACCACCACUGAUGCUACUACCACAGUAACUGAUGCAACAACCACUGAUGCUACAACAGUGACUGAUGCUACAACCACUGAUGCUACAACAGUGAGUGAUGCUACUACCACUGAUGCUACAACAACAGUGACUGAUGCUACUACCACUGAUGUUACUACCACAGUGACUGAUGCUACUGUCACUGAUGCUACAACCACAAUGACUGAUGCUACUACAUCUGAUGUUACUACCACAGUUACUGAUGCUACAACCACUGAUGUUACUACCACAGUGCCUGAUGCUACCACCACUGAUGCUACUACCACAUUAACUGAUUCAACAACCACUGAUGCUACAACAGUGACUGAUGCUACAACCACUGAUGCUACAACAGUGAGUGAUGCUACUACCACAGUGACUGAUGCUACUACCACUGAUGCUUCAACAACAGUGACUGAUGCUACUACCACUGAUGUUACUUCCUCAGUGACGGAUGCUACUACCACUGAUGCUACUACAAAAGUGACUGAUGCUAUUACCACUGAUGUUUCUACCACAGUGACUUAUGCUACUACCACUGAUGCUACAAUACCAGUGACUGAUGCUAGUACCACUGAUUUUACUACCACAGUGACUGAUGCUACAACCACUGAUGCUACUACCACAGUGACUGAGGCUACCACCACUGAUGCUACUACCACAGUAACUGAUGCAACAACCACUGAUGCUACAACAGUGACUGAUACUACAACCACUGAUGCUACAACAGUGACUGAUGCUACAACCACUGAUGCUACAACAGUGAGUGAUGCUACAACCACUGAUGCUACAACAGUGAGUGAUGCUACUACCACUGAUGCUACAACAACAGUGACUGAUGCUACUACCACUGAUGUUACUACCACAGUGACUGAUGCUACUGUCACUGAUGCUACAACCACAAUGACUGAUGCUACUACAUCUGAUGUUACUACCACAGUGACUGAUGCUACAACCACUGAUGUUACUACCACAGUGCCUAAUGCUACCACCACUGAUGCUACAGCAACAGUGACUGAUGCUACUACCUCUGAUGUAACUACCACAGUGACUGAUGCUACAACCACUGAUGUUACUACCACAGUGCCUGAUGCUACCACCACUGAUGCUACUACCACAUUAACUGAUUCUACAACCACUGAUGCUACAACAGUGACUGAUGCUACUUCCACUGAUGCUACAAAGGCAGUGAGUGAUGCUUCUACCACUGAUGCUACAACAACAUUGACUGAUGCUACUACCUCUGAUGUAACUACCACAGUGACUGAUGCUACAACCACUGAUGUUACUACCACAGUGCCUGAUGCUACCACCACUGAUGCUACUACCACAUUAACUGAUUCUACAACCACUGAUGCUACAACAGUGACUGAUGCUACAACCACUGAUGCUACAACAGUGAGUGAUGCUACUAUUACUGAUGCUACAACCACUGAUGUUACUACCACAGUAACUGAUGCUACUACCACUGAUGUUACUACCACAGUGGCUGAUGCUACAACCAGCGAUGCUACUACCUUAGUGACUGAUGCUACUACCACUGAUGUUACUACCACAGUGGCUGAUGCUACAACCAGCGAUGCUACUACCUUAGUGACUGAUGCUACUACCACUGAUGCUACUACCACAGUGACUGAUGCUACUACCAGCGAUGCUACUACCACAGUGACUGAUGAUACUACCACUGAUGCUACUACCACAGUGACUGAUGCUACAACCACUGAUGUUACUACCACAGUAACUGAUGCUACUUCCACUGAUGUUACUACCACAGUGACUGAUGCUACUACCACUGAUGUUACUACCACAGUGACUGAUGCUACUACUUCUGAUGCUACAACCACAGUGACUGAUGCUAGUACCACUGAUUUUACUACCACAGUGACUGAUGCUACAACCACUGAUGCUACUACCACAGUGACUGAGGCUACCACCACUGAUGCUACUACCACAGUAACUGAUGCAACAACCACUGAUGCUACAACAGUGACUGAUACUACAACCACUGAUGCUACAACAGUGACUGAUGCUACAACCACUGAUGCUACAACAGUGAGUGAUGCUACUACCACUGAUGCUACAACAACAGUGACUGAUGCUACUACCACUGAUGUUACUACCACAGUGACUGAUGCUACUGUCACUGAUGCUACAACCACAAUGACUGAUGCUACUACAUCUGAUGUUACUACCUCAGUGACUGAUGCUACAACCACUGAUGUUACUACCACAGUGCCUGAUGCUACCACCACUGAUGCUACUACCACAUUAACUGAUUCUACAACCACUGAUGCUACAACAGUGACUGAUGCUACAACCACUGAUGCUACAACAGUGAUUGAUGCUACUACCACAGUGACUGAUGCUACUACCACUGAUGCUUCAACAACAGUGACUGAUGCUACUACCACUGAUGUUACUUCCUCAGUGACGGAUGCUACUACCACUGAUGCUACUACAAAAGUGACUGAUGCUAUUACCACUGAUGUUACUACCACAGUGACUGAUGCUACUACCACUGAUGCUACAAUACCAGUGACUGAUGCUAGUACCACUGAUUUUACUACCACAGUGACUGAUGCUACAACCACUGAUGCUACUACCACAGUGACUGAGGCUACCACCACUGAUGCUACUACCACAGUAACUGAUGCAACAACCACUGAUGCUACAACAGUGACUGAUACUACAACCACUGAUGCUACAACAGUGAUUGAUGCUACUACCACAGUGACUGAUGCUACUACCACAUUAACUGAUUCUACAACCACUGAUGCUACAACAGUGACUGAUGCUACAACCACUGAUGCUACAACAGUGAGUGAUGUUACAACCACUGAUGCUACUAUUUCUGAUGCUACUACCACAGAGACUGAUGCUUUUACCACUGAUGCUACAACAGUGAGUGAUGCUACUACCACUGAUGCUACAACAACAGUGACUGAUGCUACUACCACUGAUUUUACUACCACAGUGACUGAUGCUACUGUCACUGAUGCUACAACCACAAUGACUGAUGCUACUACAUCUGAUGUUACUACCACAGUGACUGAUGCUACAACCACUGAUGUUACUACCACAGUGCCUGAUGCUACCACCACUGAUGCUACUACCACAUUAACUGAUUCUACAACCACUGAUGCUACAACAGUGACUGAUGCUACAACCACUGAUGCUACAACAGUGAGUGAUGCUACUAUUACUGAUGCUACAACAACAGUGACUGAUGCUACAACCACUGAUGUUACUACCACAGUGACUGAUGCUUCUACCACUGAAGCUACUACAACAGUGAUGGAUGCUACUACCACAGUGACGGAUGCUACUUCCACUGAUGAUGCAACAACAGUGACUGAUGCUGCUACCACCGAUGUUACUACCACACUGACUGAUGCUACAACCACUGAUGCUACAACAGUGACUGAUGCUACAACCACUGAUGCUACUAUUUCUGAUGUUACUACCACAGUGAUUGAUGCUACAACCACUGAUGUUACUACCACAGUGACUGAUGCUACUACCACUGAUGAUGCAACAACAGUGACUGAUGCUACUACCACUGAAGCUACUACCACAGUGAAUGAUGCCACUACCACUGAUGUUACUACCACAGUGACUGAUGCUACAACCACUGAUGUUACUACCACAGUAACUGAUGCUACUACCACUGAUGUUACUACCACAGUGGCUGAUGCUACAACCAGCGAUGCUACUACCUUAGUGACUGAUGCUACUGCCACUGAUGUUACUACCACAGUGGCUGAUGCUACAACCAGCGAUGCUACUACCUUAGUGACUGAUGCUACUACCACUGAUGCUACUACCACAGUGACUGAUGCUACUACCAGCGAUGCUACUACCACAGUGACUGAUGAUACUACCACUGAUGCUACUACCACAGUGACUGAUGCUACAACCACUGAUGUUACUACCACAGUAACUGAUGCUACUUCCACUGAUGUUACUACCACAGUGACUGAUGCUAUUACCACUGAUGUUACUACCACAGUGACUGAUGCUACUACUUCUGAUGCUACAACCACAGUGACUGAUGCUACUACCUCUGAUGUUACUACCACAGUGACUGAUGCUACAACCACUGAUGCUACUACCACAGUGACUGAGGCUACCACCACUGAUGCUACUACCACAGUAACUGAUGAAAUAACCACUGAUGCUACAACAGUGACUGAUACUACAACCACUGAUGCUACAACAGUGACUGAUGCUACAACCACUGAUGCUACAACAGUGAGUGAUGCUACAACCACUGAUGCUACAACAGUGAGUGAUGCUACUAUCACUGAUGAUGCAACAACAGUGACUGAUGCUACUACCACUGAUGUCACUACCACAGUGACUGAUGCUACUGCCACUGAUGCUACAACCACAGUCACUGAUGCUACUACCUCUGAUGUAACUACCACAGUGACUGAUGCUACAACCACUGAUGUUUCUACCACAGUGCCUGAUGCUACCACCACUGAUGCUACUACCACAUUAACUGAUGCUACAACCACUGAUGCUACAACAGUGACUGAUGCUAUAACCACUGAUGCUAUAACAGUGAGUGAUGCUACUACCACUGAUGCUACAACAACAGUGACUGAUGCUACUACCACUGAUGUCACUACCACAGUGACUGAUGCUUCAACCACUGAUGCUACAACAGUGAGUGAUGCUACUACCACUGAUGCUACAACAACAGUGACUGAUGCUACUACCACUGAUGUCACUACCACAGUGACUGAUGCUUCAACCACUGAUGCUACAGCAGUGACUGAUGCUACUACCACUGAUGCUACAACAACAGUGACUGGUGCUGCUACCACUGAUGUUACUACCACAGUAACUGAUGCUACAACCACUGAUGCUACAACAGUGACUGAUGCUACAACCACUGAUGCUACAACAGUGACUGAUGCUACUACCUCUGAUAUCACUACCACAGUGACUGAUGCUACAACCACUGAUGCUACUACCAAAAUGACUGAUGCUUCUACCACUGAAGCUACUACAACAGUGAUGGACGCUACUACCACAGUGACGGAUGCUACUUCCACUGAUGAUGCAACAACAGUGACUGAUGCUGCUACCACUGAUGUUACUACCACACUGACUGAUGCUACAACCACUGAUGCUACAACAGUGACUGAUGCUACAACCACUGAUGCUACAACAACAGUGACUGAUGCUACUACCACUGAUGUCACUACCACAGUGACUGAUGCUACUGCCACUGAUGCUACAACCACAGUCACUGAUGCUACUACCUCUGAUGUAACUACCACAGUGACUGAUGCUACAACCACUGAUGUUUCUACCACAGUGCCUGAUGCUACCACCACUGAUGCUACUACCACAUUAACUGAUGCUACAACCACUGAUGCUACAACAGUGACUGAUGCUAUAACCACUGAUGCUAUAACAGUGAGUGAUGCUACUACCACUGAUGCUACAACAACAGUGACUGAUGCUACUACCACUGAUGUCACUACCACAGUGACUGAUGCUUCAACCACUGAUGCUACAACAGUGAGUGAUGCUACUACCACUGAUGCUACAACAACAGUGACUGAUGCUACUACCACUGAUGUCACUACCACAGUGACUGAUGCUUCAACCACUGAUGCUACAGCAGUGACUGAUGCUACUACCACUGAUGCUACAACAACAGUGACUGGUGCUGCUACCACUGAUGUUACUACCACAGUAACUGAUGCUACAACCACUGAUGCUACAACAGUGACUGAUGCUACAACCACUGAUGCUACAACAGUGACUGAUGCUACUACCUCUGAUAUCACUACCACAGUGACUGAUGCUACAACCACUGAUGCUACUACCAAAAUGACUGAUGCUUCUACCACUGAAGCUACUACAACAGUGAUGGACGCUACUACCACAGUGACGGAUGCUACUUCCACUGAUGAUGCAACAACAGUGACUGAUGCUGCUACCACUGAUGUUACUACCACACUGACUGAUGCUACAACCACUGAUGCUACAACAGUGACUGAUGCUACAACCACUGAUGCUACAACAACAGUGACUGAUGCUACUACAUCUGAUGUUACUACCACAGUGGCUGAUGCUACAACCACUGGUGCUACUACCAAAGUGACUGAUGCUACUACCAAAGUGACUGAUGCUACAACCACUGAUGUUACUACAACAGUAACUGAUGCUACUACCACCGAUGAUGCAACAACAGUGACUGAUGCUACUACCACUGAUAUUACUACCACAGUGACUGAAGCUUCCACCACUGAUGCUACAACAACAGUGACUGAUGCUACUACCACUGAAGCUACUACCACAGUGACUGAUGCUACUAUCACUGAUGCUACAACAACAGUGUCUGAUGCUUCUACCACUGAAGCUACUACCACAGUGAUUGAUGCUACAACCACAGAUGCUACUAAAGCUACUACCACAGUGACUGAUGCUACUAUCACUGAUGCUACAACAACAGUGACUGAUGCUACUAUCACUGAUGAUGCAACAACAGUGACUGAUGCUACUACCACUGAUGUUACUACCACAGUGACUGAUGCUUCCACCACUGAUGCUACGACAACAGUGACUGAUGCUACUACCACUGAAGCUACUACUGAAGCUACCACUGAUGUUACCACCACAGUGACUGAUGCCACAACCACUGAUGUUACUACCACAGUAACUGAUGCUACUACCACCGAUGAUGCAACAACAGUGACUGAUGCUACUACCACAGAUGCUACUACCACAGUGACUGAUGCUACUAUCACUGAUGAUGCAACAAAAGUGACUGAUACUACUUCCACUGAUGUAACUACCUCACUGACUGAUGGUACAACCACUGAUGUUACUACCACGGUGACUGAUGCUGCUACCAUUGAUGUAACUACCACAGUGACUGAUGCUUCUACCACUGAAGCUACUACCACAGUGACUGAUGCUACAACCACUGAUGGUACUACCAAAGUGACUGAUGCUACUACCACAGUGACUGAUGCUACAACCACUGAUGCUACUACCACAGUGACUGAGGCUACCACCACUGAUGCUACUACCACAGUAACUGAUGCAACAACCACUGAUGCUACAACAGUGACUGAUACUACAACCACUGAUGCUACAACAGUGACUGAUGCUACAACCACUGAUGCUACAACAGUGAGUGAUGCUACUACCACUGAUGCUACAACAACAGUGACUGAUGCUACUACCACUGAUUUUACUACCACAGUGACUGAUGCUACUGUCACUGAUGCUACAACCACAAUGACUGAUGCUACUACAUCUGAUGUUACUACCACAGUGACUGAUGCUACAACCACUGAUGUUACUACCACAGUGCCUGAUGCUACCACCACUGAUGCUACUACCACAUUAACUGAUUCUACAACCACUGAUGCUACAACAGUGACUGAUGCUACAACCACUGAUGCUACAACAGUGAGUGAUGCUACUAUUACUGAUGCUACAACAACAGUGACUGAUGCUACAACCACUGAUGUUACUACCACAGUGACUGAUGCUUCUACCACUGAAGCUACUACAACAGUGAUGGAUGCUACUACCACAGUGACGGAUGCUACUUCCACUGAUGAUGCAACAACAGUGACUGAUGCUGCUACCACCGAUGUUACUACCACACUGACUGAUGCUACAACCACUGAUGCUACAACAGUGACUGAUGCUACAACCACUGAUGCUACUAUUUCUGAUGUUACUACCACAGUGAUUGAUGCUACAACCACUGAUGUUACUACCACAGUGACUGAUGCUACUACCACUGAUGACGCAACAACAGUGACUGAUGCUACUACCACUGAAGCUACUACCACAGUGAAUGAUGCCACUACCACUGAUGUUACUUCCACAGUGACUGAUGCUACAACCACUGAUGUUACUACCACAGUAACUGAUGCUACUACCACUGAUGUUACUACCACAGUGGCUGAUGCUACAACCAGCGAUGCUACUACCUUAGUGACUGAUGCUACUGCCACUGAUGUUACUACCACAGUGGCUGAUGCUACAACCAGCGAUGCUACUACCUUAGUGACUGAUGCUACUACCACUGAUGCUACUACCACAGUGACUGAUGCUACUACCAGCGAUGCUACUACCACAGUGACUGAUGAUACUACCACUGAUGCUACUACCACAGUGACUGAUGCUACAACCACUGAUGUUACUACCACAGUAACUGAUGCUACUUCCACUGAUGUUACUACCACAGUGACUGAUGCUAUUACCACUGAUGUUACUACCACAGUGACUGAUGCUACUACUUCUGAUGCUACAACCACAGUGACUGAUGCUACUACCUCUGAUGUUACUACCACAGUGACUGAUGCUACAACCACUGAUGCUACUACCACAGUGACUGAGGCUACCACCACUGAUGCUACUACCACAGUAACUGAUGGAAUAACCACUGAUGCUACAACAGUGACUGAUACUACAACCACUGAUGCUACAACAGUGACUGAUGCUACAACCACUGAUGCUACAACAGUGAGUGAUGCUACUACCAGUGAUGCUACAACAACAGUGACUGAUGCUACUACCACUAAUGUUACUACCACAGUGACUGAUGCUACUGCCACUGAUGCUACAACCACAGUCACUGAUGCUACUACCUCUGAUGUAACUACCACAGUGACUGAUGCUACAACCACUGAUGUUUCUACCACAGUGCCUGAUGCUACCACCACUGAUGCUACUACCACAUUAACUGAUGCUACAACCACUGAUGCUACAACAGUGACUGAUGCUAUAACCACUGAUGCUAUAACAGUGAGUGAUGCUACUACCACUGAUGCUACAACAACAGUGACUAAUGCUACUACCACUGAUGUCACUACCACAGUGACUGAUGCUUCAACCACUGAUGCUACAACAGUGAGUGAUGCUACUACCACUGAUGCUACAACAACAGUGACUGAUGCUACUACCACUGAUGUCACUACCACAGUGACUGAUGCUUCAACCACUGAUGCUACAGCAGUGACUGAUGCUACUACCACUGAUGCUACAACAACAGUGACUGGUGCUGCUACCACUGAUGUUACUACCACAGUAACUGAUGCUACAACCACUGAUGCUACAACAGUGACUGAUGCUACAACCACUGAUGCUACAACAGUGACUGAUGCUACUACCUCUGAUAUCACUACCACAGUGACUGAUGCUACAACCACUGAUGCUACUACCAAAAUGACUGAUGCUUCUACCACUGAAGCUACUACAACAGUGAUGGACGCUACUACCACAGUGACGGAUGCUACUUCCACUGAUGAUGCAACAACAGUGACUGAUGCUGCUACCACUGAUGUUACUACCAAACUGACUGAUGCUACAACCACUGAUGCUACAACAGUGACUGAUGCUACAACCACUGAUGCUACAACAACAGUGACUGAUGCUACUACAUCUGAUGUUACUACCACAGUGGCUGAUGCUACAACCACUGGUGCUACUACCAAAGUGACUGAUGCUACUACCACAGUGACUGAUGCUACAACCACUGAUGUUACUACAACAGUAACUGAUGCUACUACCACCGAUGAUGCAACAACAGUGACUGAUGCUACUACCACUGAUAUAACUACCACAGUGACUGAAGCUUCCACCACUGAUGCUACAACAACAGUGACUGAUGCUACUACCACUGAAGCUACUACCACAGUGACUGAUGCUACUAUCACUGAUGCUACAACAACAGUGUCUGAUGCUUCUACCACUGAAGCUACUACCACAGUGAUUGAUGCUACAACCACAGAUGCUACUAAAGCUACUACCACAGUGACUGAUGCUACUAUCACUGAUGCUACAACAACAGUGACUGAUGCUACUAUCACUGAUGAUGCAACAACAGUGACUGAUGCUACUACCACUGAUGUUACUACCACAGUGACUGAUGCUUCCACCACUGAUGCUACGACAACAGUGACUGAUGCUACUACCACUGAAGCUACUACUGAAGCUACCACUGAUGUUACCACCACAGUGACUGAUGCCACAACCACUGAUGUUACUACCACAGUAACUGAUGCUACUACCACCGAUGAUGCAACAACAGUGACUGAUGCUACUACCACAGAUGCUACUACCACAGUGACUGAUGCUACUACCACUGAUGAUGCAACAAAAGUGACUGAUACUACUUCCACUGAUGUAACUACCUCACUGACUGAUGCUACAACCACUGAUGUUACUACCACAGUGACUGAUGCUGCUACCAUUGAUGUAACUACCACAGUGACUGAUGCUUCUACCACUGAAGCUACUACCACAGUGACUGAUGCUACAACCACUGAUGUGACUGAUGCUACUACCUCUGAAGCUACUACCACAGUGACUGAUGCUUCCACCACUGAUGUUACUACCAAAGUGACUGAUGCUACGACCACAAUGACUGAUGCUACUACCACUGAUGCUACUACCACAGUGACUAAUGCUACAACAACUGAUGCUACAACAGUGACUGAUGCUACUACCACUGAUGCUACAACAGCAGUGACUAAAGCUGUGACCAUUGAUCUUACAACAACAGUGACUGAUGAUCCUACAACUGAUGUUACUACCACAGUGACUGAUACUACAUCCACUGAUGUUGCUACCACAGUGACUGAUGCUAUUACCACUGAUGAUGCAACAACAGUGACUGAUGCUACUACCACUGGAGCUACUACCACAGUGACUUAUGCCACUACCACUGAUGUUACUACCACAGUGACUGAUGCUACUACCACAGUAACUGAUGCUACAACCACUGAUGCUACAACAGUGAGUGAUGCUACUACCACUGAUGAUGAAACAACAGUGACUGGUGCUACUACCACUGGAGCUACUACCACAGUGACUGAUGCCACUUCAUCUGAUGUUAUCACCACAGUAACUGAUGCUACAACCACUGAUGUUACUACCACAGUGACUGAUGCUACUACCACUGAUGAUACAACAACAGUGACUGAUGCUACUAUCACUGAUGCUACAACAACAGUGACUGAUGCUACUACAACUGAUGUUACUACCACACUGACUGAUGCUACAACAGUGAGUGAUGCUACUACCACUGAUGCUACAACAACAGUGACUGAUGCUACUAUCACUGAGGAUGCAACAACAGUGACUGAUGCUACUACCACUGAUGUUACUACCACAGUGACUGAUGCUACUACAACUGAUGUUACUACCACACUGACUGAUGCUACAACCACUGAUGCUACAACAGUGAGUGAUGCUACUACCACUGAUGCUACAACAACAGUGACUGAUGCUACUAUCACUGAUGAUGCAACAACAGUGACUGAUGCUACUACCACUGAUGUUACUACCACAGUGACUGAUGCUACAACCACUGAAGCUACUACCACAGUGACUGAUGCUACUAUCACUGAUGCUACAACAACAGUGACUGAUGCUACUAUCACUGAUGAUGCAACAACAGUGACUGAUGCUACUUCCACUGAUGUUACUACCACAGUGACUGAUGCUUCCACCACUGAUGCUACGACAACAGUGACUGAUGCUACAACCACUGAUGCUACAACAGUGACUGAUGCUACUACCACUGAUGUUACUACCACAGUGACUGAUGCUACAACCACUGAAGCUACUACCACAGUGACUGAUGCUACUAUCACUGAUGCUACAACAACAGUGACUGAUGCUACUAUCACUGAUGAUGCAACAACAGUGACUGAUGCUACUACCACUGAUGUUACUACCACAGUGACUGAUGCUUCCACCACUGAUGCUACGACAACAGUGACUGAUGCUACAACCACUGAUGCUACAACAGUGAGUGAUGCUACUACCACUGAUGAUGCAACAACAGUGACUGGUGCUACUACCACUGGAGCUACAACAACAGUGACUGAUGCUACUACAUCUGAAGUUACUACCAAAGUGACUGAUGCUACUACCACAGUGACUGAUGCUACUACCACUGAUGCAACAACAACAGUGACUGAUGCUACUACCACUGAUGUUACUACCACAGUGACUGAUGCUUCCACCACUGAUGCUACGACAACAGUGACUGAUGCUUCCACCACUGAUGCUACGACAACAGUGACUGAUGCUACAACCACUGAUGCUACAACAGUGAGUGAUGCUACUACCACUGAUGAUGCAACAACAGUGACUGAUGCUACAACCACUGAUGCUACAACAACAGUGACUGAUGCUACUACAUCUGAAGUUACUACCAAAGUGACUGAUGCUACUACCACAGUGACUGAUGCUACUACCACAGUGACUGAUGCUACUACCACUGAUGCAACAACAACAGUAACUGAUGUUACUACUACAGUGACUGAUGCUACAACCACUGAUGUUACUACCACAGUGACUGAUGCUACUACCACUGAUGAUGCAACAACAGUGACUGAUGCUACUACAACUGAGGUUACUACCACACUGACUGAUGCUACAACCACUGAUGCUACAACAGUGACUGAUGCUACAACCACUGAUGCUACUACAACAGUGACUGAUGCUACAACCACUGAUGCUACAACAACAGUGACUGAUGCUACUACAUCUGAUGUUACUACCACAGUGACUGAUGCUACAACCACUGAUGCUUCUACAACUGUGACUGAUGCUACUACAACUGAUGCUACUACCACAGUGACUGAUGCUACAACCACUGAUGCUACAACAGUGACUGAUGCUUCAACUAAUGAUGCUACAACAGUGAGUGAUGCUACUACCAAUGAUGCUACAACAACAGUGACUGGUGCUACUACCACUGAUGUUAUUACCACAGUGACUGAUGCUUCUACCACUGAAGCUACUUCAACAGUGAUGGAUGCUUCUACCACAGUGACGGAUGCUACUUCCACUGAUGAUGCAACAACAGUGACUGAUACUGCUUCCACUGAUGUUACUACCACACUGAUUGAUGCUAAAACCACUGAUGCUACAACAGUGACUGAUGCUACAACCACUGAUGUUACUACCAUAGUGACUGAUGCCACUGCCACUGAUGAUACCACCACAGUGACUGAUGCUUCUGCCACUGAUGAUGCAACAACAGUGGCUGAUGCUACUACCACUGAUGUUACUACCACUGUGACUGAUGCUACAACCACUGAUGCUGAUACCACAAUGACUGAUGCUACUACAACUGAUGCUACUUCCACAGUGACUGAUGCCACUUCCACUGAUGUUAUCACCACAGUAACUGAUGCUUCUACCAUUGAUGAUGCAACAACAGUGACUGAUGCUACUACCACUGAUGUUACUAUCACAGUGACUGAUGCUACUACCUUUGAAGCUACUACCACAGUGACUGAUGCUACCACCACUGAUGUUACUACCAAAGUGACUGAUGCUACGACCACAAUGACUGAUGCUACUACCACAGUGACUGAUGCUACAACCACUGAUGCUACAACAGUGACUGAUGCUACUACCACUGAUGCUACAUCAGCAGUGACUGAAACUGUGACCACUGAUCUUACAACAACAGUGACUGAUGCUUCUACCACUGAUGUUACUACCACAGUGACUGAUGCUACAACCACUGAUGUUACUACCACAGUGACUGAUGCUACUACCACUGAUGAUGCAACAACAGUGACUGAUGCUACUACCACUGAAGCUACUACCACAGUGACUGAUACCACUGAUGCUACUACCACAGUGACUGUUGCUACUACAUCUGAUGUUACUACCACAGUGACUGAUGCUACAACCACUGAUGCUACUACCACAGUAACUGAUGCAACAACCACUGAUGCUACUUCCACAGUGACUGAUGUUACUACCACUGAUGCUACUACCACAGUGACUGAUGCUACAACCACUGAUGCUACAACAGUGACUGAUGCUACAACCACUGAUGCUACAACAGUGACUGAUGCUACAACCACUGGUUCUACAACAGUGAGUGAUGCUACUACCAGUGAUGCUACAACAACAGUGACUGAUGCUACUACCACUGAUGUUACUACCACAGUGACUGAUGCUACUGCCACUGAUGUUAUCACCACAGUAACUGAUGCUGCUACCAUUGAUGAUGCAACAACAGUGACUUAUGCUACUACCACUGAUGUUACUAUCACAGUGACUGAUGUUACUACCACUGAUGUUACUACCACAGUGACUGAUGCUUCCACCACUGAUGCUACGACAACAGUGACUGAUGCUACUACCACUGAAGCUACUACUGAAGCUACCACUGAUGUUACCACCACAGUGACUGAUGCUACAACCACUGAUGUUACUACCACAGUUACUGAUGCUACUACCACCGAUGAUGCAACAACAGUGACUGAUGCUACUACCACAGAUGCUACUACCACAGUGACUGAUGCUACUACCACUGAUGAUGCAACAAAAGUGACUGAUACUACUUCCACUGAUGUAACUACCUCAGUGACUGAUGCUACAACCACUGAUGUUACUACCACAGUGAUUGAUGCUGCUACCAUUGAUGUAACUACCACAGUGACUGAUGCUUCUACCACUGAAGCUACUACCACAGUGACUGAUGCUACAACCACUGAUAGUACUACCAAAGUGACUGAUGCUACUACCACAGUGACUGAUGCUACUACCACUGAUGCAACAACAACAGUAACUGAUGUUACUACUACAGUGAAUGAUGCUACUACCUCUGAAGCUACUACCACAGUGACUGAUGCUUCCACCACUGAUGUUACUACCAAAGUGACUGAUGCUACGACCACAAUGACUGAUGCUACUACCACUGAUGCUACUACCACAGUGACUGAUGCUACAACAACUGAUGCUACAACAGUGACUGAUGCUACUACCACUGAUGCUACAACAGCAGAGACUAAAGCUGUGACCAUUGAUCUUACAACAACAGUGACUGAUGCUACUACAACUGAUGUUACUACCACAGUGACUGAUACUACAUCCACUGAUGUUGCUACCACAGUGACUGAUGCUAUUACCACUGAUGAUGCAACAACAGUGACUGAUGCUACUACCACUGAUGUUACUACCACAGUGACUGAUGCUACAACCACUGAUGUUACUACCACAGUGACUGAUGCUACAACCACUGAUGCUACAACAGUGACUGAUGCUACUACCACUGAAGCUACUACCACAGUGACUUAUGCCACUACCACUGAUGUUACUACCACAGUGACUGAUGCUACAACCACUGAUGUUACUACCACAGUGACUGAUGCUACAACCACUGAUGCUACAACAGUGACUGAUGCUACUACCACUGAUGCUACAACAGCAGUGACUGAAGCUGUGACCACUGAUCUUACAACAACAGUGACUGAUGCUACUACCACUGAUGUUACUACCACAGUGACUGAUGCUACAGCCACUGAUGUUACUACCACAGUGACUGAUGCUACUACCACUGAUGAUGCAACAACAGUGACUGAUGCUACUACAACUAAUGCUACUACCACAGUGACUGGUGCUACUACCUAUGAAGCUACUACCAAAGUGACUGAUGCUACUACCACAGUGACUGAUGAUACUACCACUGAUGCUACAACAGUGAGUGAUUCUAUAACCACUGAUGCUACAACAGUGACUGAUGCUACUACCACUGAUGCUACAACAGCAGUGACUGAUGCUGCGACCACUGAUCUUACAACAACAGUGACUGAUGCUACUACCACUGAUGUUACUACCACAGUGACUGAUGCUACAACCACUGAUGUUACUACCACAGUGACUGAUCCUACUACCACUAAUGAUGCAACAACAGUGACUGAUGCUACAACCACUGAAGCUACUACCACAGUGACUGAUUCUACUACCAGUGAUCCUGCUACCACAGUGGCGGAUGCUACUACCACUGAUGUUACUUCCACAGUGACUGAUGCUACUACCACUGAUGAUGCAACAACAGUGACUGAUGCUACUACCAGUGAUGUUACUGCCACAGUGACUGAUGCUACUACCACUGAUGCUGCAACAACAGUGACUGAUGCUACUUCCACUGAUGUUACUACCACAGUGACUGAUGCUACUACCACUGAAGCUACUACCACACUGACUGAUGCUACAACAACAGUGACAGAUGCUACUACCACUGAAACUACUACCACAGUGCCUGAUGCUACUACCACUGAAGCUACUACCACACUGACUGAUGCUACUACCACUGAUGCUACAACAACAGUGACAGAUGCUACUACCACUGAAACUACUACCACAGUGCCUGAUGCUACUACCACUGAUGUUACAACAACAGUGACUGAUGCUACUUCCACUGAUGCUACAAAGGCAGUGAGUGAUGCUUCUACCACUGAUGCUACAACAGCAGUGAGUGAUGCUACUUCCACUGAUGUUACUGCCAAAGUGACUGAUGCUACUACCACUGAUGCUACUAAUACAGUGACUGAUGCUACUACCACCGAUCGUACAACAACAGUGGCUGACGCUACUACCACAGUGACUGAUGCUACAACCACUGAUGCUACUAUACCUGAUGUUACUACCACAUUAACCGAUGCUACUACCACUGAUGCUACAACAGCAGUGAUUGAUGCUACUACCACUGAUGUUACUAUCACAGUAACCGAUGCUACUACCACUGAUGCUACAACAAUAGUGACUGAUGCCACAACAACAGUGACUGAUGCUACUACCACUGAUGUUACUACCACAGUAACUGAUACUACUGCCACUGAUGCUACAACAACAGUGACAGAUGCUACAACAACAGUGACUGAUACUACUACCACUGAUGUUACUACCACAGUAACUGAUACUACUGCCACUGAUGCUACAACAACAGUGACAGAUGCUACAACAACAGUGACUAAUGCUACUACCACUGAUGCAACAACAACACUAACUGAUGCAAUUUACACUGAUGGUAGAACAACGAGCAUAGUUGCUAAUACUACAAUCCCGAGUGCCACUGUGUCUAAUAAAACAAUUAAUGAAACAACAACUGAUUCAGCUUCAACAGUGGCUUCAACUAAUACUACUGCCAUGGUACCUGAUGUACCUAAUAUUGGUAUUACAGAUGAAUUCGCUGGUGUAGUUUUAACUAGUGCUGUUGCGGCUGGUGGUGGCAUUUUUAUCUUCGCAUUUUUAUGUUGUGGUGUUUGCAUAUUUUUUGUCAGAAAAAGACGAAAACAUGAAAAUGAGGAAGUUUUGAUAUAUGAAAAUUUUUAUCAUGGUUUUCACGAGAGUAGUGGAUUUUCUGAGUCGGAGAGUACCGGAGAAUCACAGAGCACCUCUGUGGAAUUUGAUCAAGAUUUUUAUCCUAGUCCCAGUGGCCCAUUUGCUGUUCACGUCCCUUCUUCAGUGGAUUUGCCAUAUUCUCAGCCUCUACCGCUCAAUACUGCUUCCCCUUGGGAAAAUGAAAGUACUACUUUGGAUUAUAUCAUAGAGCGCUAGGAUUAUAAACAAUAGAAUCUAAGGCUGAUUACACAUAUAUUUAAAUAGUCCAAGGAGAUAUGAACAUUACAUUGAUCAUUAGAUUGACAAUUGUUCAUAAUUACAAUACUGCUUCUGCAGUAGGAAACUACAUCGGAUUAUCAAGGAUUUUACUAUGAGAACAUGUCUGCUGUCAAAUAUUUCAUUAAUGGAUCAUGAGAGACCGAUGUGCAAUAUUGAUACUGAUUUAAUAGUGUCAGGGCUGGGGGGAGUAUACAAGCAUGUAGGUAUACAAGUAUUCAUUUGUGAUGUGAGUUCUAUAUAAGAGCUUGAUGCAUGACUAGAGACUGUGUUAGUUUAUAAUGAGAUAACACUUUUUUCACUUCCUCACUGAAAGAGUCUACCUUUAAGGAUGUUCCCUGGUCAGAUAGGAAAAUAUUCAAUAGUAUUUAACUUUUUCUCAAAAAUGGUUUUCUGGGAUUCUCACGGGCAACAAAGAAUAUUAAAACUUUAAAAACCAUAUGUUAGUGUGCUUUUUUCUGAGCAAGAGGCCUCUAAAGUGUCAAUAUUUGACAAAAGUGGGCGUGGCACUUUCUCAUUGAAACCCAUGUUAAAAAUCAGGUUUUCACCCCAAAACACACUUUUGAAUAUUUAACUUUUUCUUAAACUCACAGAAACACUUAGUUAUGCUAUGUACUUCACAUUUUGAAAAGAAAAAUUAGGGGUUGGUGUUCAUCGUUUUCAACUUCGUCCAGGGAACAUCCUUAACCUAUUAGAUAUUAAAUUGCUUUUUUAAAUCCCACUCCACAGUGCUACUUUAAACUCUGUAUUGCACUGAACUCAUACUCAGGUUACACAAUGACUUUAAAAAUCGUAUGCCUUUAUUUUCAUGGUGAUAUAAAUAUAACCAUGAAAAUGCCAAAAGAAUCAAAAAGAGGACUCUAAACCAUUGAUAUAUCUAGAAGGUUAAAGCCUUGAUGAUAUCUAAUUUUUAUGAUAUCUAUUUCUAGGGAGGGGGUGAAAAAAUUGUCUUUGUGGUACAUACCGUGUUCAAUGACUUGUUUAUGAGUUGUUUCUACCAAAAACAUUACAUGAAGACAUGGGUUACCUUUUAUUUUCGUUUUCGUAUUAAGGUGCCCCAUGAGUUGAAACAUGAUAUAAUCACGGUGAUAAUGGUACAAUAGUAUAAAAAACAUAAAGCAUAAUGGAUGAUGAUUGUAAACAUAUGCAACAAGCAAUUUUAUGUUGUGAAUAUCAAAAAGUCCUAAAUACAACCUGAGACUAACAUAAAAAAUGACAGUAUAAUACAAUGGAGAGAAACCAAAAUGUAUUUAUUGAAAAGAAAAAAGGUUGUGAAAAUCGGAACUCAUUUAACAAAAUAUUAAUCACAUGGUUAAAACAAAGUGAACAUCAUACUUCAGAUAUUUUAUAAAACAAUUUUGAUUUCUGGAAAAAUUUAUGGUUCAUUUAUGUGAGAGGUAUAGUUAGAAAUAAUAUACAUAUGAUGAAAUUGCCCAAAGGUAGGAAAAUGGUCAAACACUGCUACAGUAUUAUGUGUGUAAUAUUUAGCCUUAAAUUAGACAUGGAGAGGUUUAUACAAAUGGAUGAUAUUCCAUAAUAAAGCAGGCCCGUAGCCAGGAUUUGGCAAGGGGGGGGGUUCAGUUUUCAAAAAUAUCCAGGUGGGGUUCACAUUUGACAAUUUUGGCCCAAAUAUGGCUAAAAUCACUUGAGAAGUGCUCAAAAUGGUGAAAAACUGCAUGAUUUUGAAAGAAUUUUUUGGCCAGGGGGGGGGGGGUUGCCCAAACCCUGCGAACCCCCCCCCCCCUGACUACGGGCCUGUAAGUGUAACUAUGCAAAUUGUGUCUACCUCAAACAGUGCAAUAUGUAGUUUGAGAUGAUACCUUUAAAUUACUUUGCAAUGCUAAAAUGGUUCCAAUACAUUAUUUUGUAAUUGUUAAUAGUCAUUAAAUGAAUGCAUGGUGAGGAUGUUAAAGACAAUCAAAAUGUUGUAUGAACGUUUGAUGAUUCAAAUGCUGCGCAUUAAUGUUGGAAAAGAAAAACUUAUGAAAAACCAUAUAACAUAGGCUUAUUGUAAAUUCUAAG